CAAUUAAUUAGUUGUACACACGGGCCCGUCCACAAUGUUUGCUCUAAAGCGAAUUAUCAACUCUGAAUUACUUACUACCGCAGUUGCCAAGUCGAAAAACAGUGUAACAAAAGUGCAAAGAAUUCACAGUGUAGAUGUGCUAACUAAGAAGACUGGGAAUGAGAUAGUGUCGUUAGACAUCCACGGGGAAAGACUGAAGUUCCCGGCAGUGUGGCUGCGAGACAACUGCCAGUGCGCCCAGUGUUACCACCCCUCCGCGCGCAGCCGCACCAUCGACUGGGCCACCUUCAACCUUCAAGUCAGCACCACACGCGUCACACACACAGACCACAGCGUCCACAUAGCCUGGAGCGACGGCCACCAGUCAGAGUUCAAGAAGAACUGGCUCAAAAUCAGAAGCUUCGUCCCUGAGCAUCAGAAGAAAUACACGGACACAGUGUAUAAACCUCCGAAAGUAACAUGGCAUGGUGAUGAGUUUCGGAAUGUCUUUACGAAGCAUGAUUAUAAUGAACUCCUCACAUCAGAUAAAGCUCUGCAUGAUUUUCUGCAUCAGCUGUCAGUCCAUGGAGUGGCUUUAGUGGAAAAUGCGCCAGACAGUGAAUUAGCUUUGACCAACUUCAUAUCCAAGGUAGGGUUUCCAAAACAGACACAUUACGGCAUUCAGUUUGUAGUGAAGCAUGUGCCGAAUACCAGCAAUGUGGCAUACUUGUCCAGCAAUCUGCAAGUGCACACCGACCUGCCAUACUAUGAAUACUGUCCUGGGGUCAAUAUGCUGCACUGUCUAGUGCAAACUGAGAGCAAUGGUGGGGAAAAUGUACUCUCUGAUGGACACUAUGUAGCCCACUACAUGAAGAAAAACUAUCCAGAGCAAUACAGAUUGCUCACUGAAGUGGAAGUGGAAUGGAAGGAUGUAGGAGUGGAAUUUGGCAAUGAAUUCUUCAAGCUGCAUCGCUCGCCCGUCAUUUGUCUUGAUAAACAUGGUGAGAUAGCCAGGAUCAACUUCUCCAUACCGCAGCGAGGCAGUAACUUUAUUGGAAAGAUUGAGGAUGUCAAUCCAUGGUAUGAAGCUCAUACACUCUUUAUGGAGUUGAACUUGAAAUUCUCUGCAAAGUUUAGGACUAAGCCUGGGAAUAUUCUAGCAUUUGAUAACAUCAGGCUGCUGCAUGGACGUAAUGCUUACGAGGACAGCCCCAACAAUGUACGGCAAAUAUUUGGGCAAUAUAUUGAUUGGGAUGAGAUUUAUUCAAGACUGAGAUGCCUGAAAGUGAAGUUAGAUAAAGAUGAAAGUUUGAUAUGAAACUUAUAUUUACUUGCAUACUUAUAAAUAUUUAUACAGAUUCAUUCUAAUUUCAAUUAAUUACAUAAUAUUGCACUUAAUUAUGUGUAUCAUGUUGUACAUUGUUUUACCUUCAUAUUAGUUUCACUUGUAAAUAGUAUUGUGUAGUUGAUGCUAAUGGUAUUAAAUAAUAUAAACUGAUGUUAUAAUUCUAUGUAUGUAUCAAAAUUAUAAUUUUUAAUUGAAAAUUG